UCCGCGUCCUCUGGGUUCCACUCUGGACUUUGAAGUUCUGCGUUUUCUCUUCAAAACCCCCCUUUCUGAUGGAAAGAUCCUGCUGUUAAAGAGGAGGAAGGCAUUAUCUCUCUCAAGCCGGCAUCAUAAUGCUAGCAGCCUUUAUCCUGGUGCUCAGCGCCCUUGGGGUCACCCACUCAGCCGCUGCGGGACUCAAGUCCAUAGCCGAAGAAGAAGAUGAGCUGCUCAGACACUUAUUCCAAGGUUACCAGAAAUGGGUUCGCCCCGUCUUACACUCCAACGACACCAUAAAAGUCUACUUUGGAUUAAAAAUCUCUCAGCUGGUAGAUGUGGAUGAAAAGAACCAGCUGAUGACAACAAACGUGUGGCUCAAACAGGAAUGGACAGACCACAAGUUACGCUGGAAUCCGGAUGAAUUCGGUGGGAUUCAUUCGAUUAAAGUUCCGUCAGAAUCUCUCUGGCUUCCUGACAUAGUUCUCUUUGAAAACGCAGACGGCCGGUUCGAAGGCUCGCUCAUGACCAAGGCUGUCGUCAGAUCGGACGGCACCGUGGUGUGGACGCCUCCCGCCAGCUACAAGAGUUCCUGCGCCAUGGACGUCACCUUCUUCCCGUUCGACCGGCAGAACUGCUCCAUGAAGUUCGGCUCCUGGACUUACGACGGGGCCAUGGUGGACCUGGUCCUCACAGACGAGAACGUGGACCGCAAGGACUUCUUCGACAACGGAGAGUGGGAGAUCCUGAACGCCAAGGGCACGGCCGGGGGCCGGAGGGACGGCGCCUACUGGUACCCGUUCAUCAGCUACUCCUUCGUGCUGCGCCGCCUGCCGCUGUUCUACACGCUCUUCCUCAUCAUCCCCUGCCUGGGGCUGUCCUUCCUGACCGUGCUGGUCUUCUACUUGCCUUCCGACGAGGGCGAGAAGCUCUCCUUAUCCACCUCUGUCCUGGUUUCCCUGACGGUCUUCCUCCUGGUGAUUGAGGAGAUCAUCCCGUCUUCCUCCAAGGUCAUCCCGCUCAUCGGGGAGUACCUCCUGUUCAUCAUGGUCUUCGUCACCCUGUCCAUCAUCGUCACCGUGUUUGUCAUCAACGUCCACCACAGAUCCUCCGCCACCUACCACCCCAUGGCCCCCUGGGUUAAGCGGCUCUUUCUGCAAACCCUUCCUAAGUUACUCUGCAUGAAGGACCACGUGGAUCGCUACUCUCUCCCGGGUAAAGAGGAGAGGAAACCCGCCGUGAGAGGUCAAGUCUUCGAAAGAAAAAAACAAAAGCAGAUGAGUGAUGGAGAAAAAGUGCUGGUUGCUUUCCUGGAAAAGGCGGCAGAUUCCAUCAGAUACAUUUCCAGCCACGUGAAGAAGGAGCAUUUCAUCAGCCAGGUGGUGCAAGACUGGAAGUUCGCAGCUCAAGUUCUCGACCGGAUCUUCCUGUGGCUCUUUCUGAUCGCCUCCGUCACCGGCUCGGUCCUGAUUUUCACCCCUGCUUUGAAGAUGUGGCUACACAGUUACCAUUAGGAGCAGGUCUCCAGAGCGAGCUAACACACGCCCCUAAAGACAGAAUCACACCUUAGAGCCGACAUCCAGCCCCCAUGUGUAUACAGCAUGCACACGCACGUGCUCGUCAGGAGGCCCCGAGGGUGGACAGUGUCUUGUGUCGUCCUCAGCGAGGCUGAACCUCGGUUGCCGUGACAGCGAGCUGGGAGUCAAUUAAGCAGACCCUCCUCAGACCCCGGCUUUGGCUUCCGCAGACCUUCAGGGAGGAAUUGUGAGUCCGGGUCUGAGAUCGUGAGCCUGCAACACACAAGGACGGUUGCUGUGUUUCACCAAGAACUCCAGGAAAGGGAAGACUCCAGCACUGGCUGGUGUCCUUAGGGGUUUUGCCUGGCUGCCAGCUGGCAUUGGCAUCAUUAUUCUGUAGCCAUGCGCCUGCCCUGCGGGUGAGCCGUUUGGGGCAUCACACUGGCACCAGGGCACGGCACACCUGUCGUUACUAAGAUUCCAGGAAGACUCGAGUCCCCCCAAACCUGGCAUUCGUUCUACAUGGUCUGGCUCGAAUGUGGUCCACCUCUAAGCCAGGUUCCUCGUGGCUCCUUCAUAGACUCACGAAGGUUUUCAUGUGGUCACGCCAGAGGCUGCUGUGGAUUGGGACCUGCUGUAAGGCCUUAGCAAAAUAACUUGCAGUAGAAACAGUGUCAUCGGCUGCCAGGAGGGCAGUCAUUAUACCCAUUCUCUUUUCCUAGAAAACUGAAAUUCUGAAUGUGCUCUGAUAAUGGUUUUUUAUGUCCCCUCAUCUAGUCUAAUCCAUUUCAGCAGCAUCCUCCGGGCUGCUCACCCAGUUUUUUCCCUCCCCCUCCCCUCUCCACUUCUUCCUCUGAGAACACUUCAGUUCUACUCGCUUAUAAAUUUCAGUUAUACAAAGCAGUGUUAUCAACAGUGGUCACCUUGUUUUACAUUAGAUUCUCUGACCUUAUUCAUCUUAUAACCCAAAGUGUGUACCCUUUUACCAACCUCUCCCUAUUUCUCUGCUGCCUAGCCCCUGGCAACCACUUCUCUCUGUUUAAGAUUGUUUAAGAUUUGUUUUUUCCUAGAUUUCACAUAUGAGUGAGAUCAUCAGUAUUGUCUUUCCCUGUCUGCCUUAUUUCAAAGCAGCAUGUCCUCUGGGUUCAUCUAUAUUGCUGCAAAUGACAGGAUUUCCUUCUUUCUAUGGCUGAAUUGCAUUCCAUUGCAUAUAUAUCACAUUGGCUUUAUCCAUUAAUCUGUGGACAGACAGACACUUAAGUUGUUCCAUGUCUUGGGUGUUGCCAAUAACGCUGCAAUGAACAUGCGGGUACAGAUAUCACUUUGAGAGAAUUAUUUUAUUUCCAGGAGUGGAGUUGCUGGAGCGUAUGGUGGUUCUAUUUUUCAUUUCUUGAGGAACCUCCAUAUUCUUUUCCGUAGAGGCUGCACCAAUUUACAUCCCCACCAAUAGUGCCCAAGGAGUCUCCUAUCUCCACAUUCCCAUCAGCAUUUGUUAUCUUCCUUAUGACAACCAUCCUAAUGAGCACGAGAUCAUCCCUCAAGGUGUUGUUGUUUUUUUUUAUGUUAUUUAUUUGGCUGCAUCGGGUCUUAGUUGUGGCAUGCAGGGUCUUCAUUGACUCAUGUGAGGUCUUUCAUUGCAGCUCACCGACCCUGUAGUUGUGGUGGACAGGCUCAGUCGUUGCUUGCGUCAUGUGGAAACUGUUCCCUGACCAGGGAUCAAACCUGCCUCCCCUGAAUUGCAAGGUGGAUUCUUAUCCACUGGACCGCCAGGGAAGUCCCUCGCUGUGGUUUUGAUUUGCGUUUCCCUGAUGCUGCAUUUCCUUUCAUCUACCUGCUGGCCAUCAGAGUGUCAUCUUCUUCGGGAACAUAUCUAUUCAGAUCCUUGACCCAUUUUUAAACUGGGUUAUUUGGGUUUUUGCUACUGAGGUGGUCCUUGCAUAUUUUGAAUAGAAACCUCUCACUGAAUGUGUAUUUUGCAAACGUUUUCUCUCCUUCUAUAGGCUUCCUUUUCAUGCGGAUGGUUCCCUUUGCUGUGCAGUCCCACUCCUUCAUUGUGCUUUUACUGCCUUUACUUUGGUGUCAAAUCCAAAAAAAAAAAAACCAUUACCAAAUCCCAUCCCAUUUCAUUUGCCUGGUCCUGCCCUCUGAGAGCACCCACCCCACCCUGUCUCUGAGACUCAUGGGAGAGGCUCACAGACUUUUCUCUCACAGAUGCCAAAUCCUGGAUUUUAGCCUGAAACAGCUGUUCUCCUUUCCCAGUUCUAAAUCCAAAUCCUUCUCUGGAUUAUUUUGUGCGGGGCAUAUUUCUUAUAAACUCUUUGCAGCUGGCACUUAGAAAAUCCAGUUUAAUUAUUUAACCUUUUCACGCAAAUUCUUACCAAUAUGUUGAACUUUAUUUAUGCCAUUUUGCUUGUGUUUUCUGUGUGAUGUUUUCUUGUUCUUUUUUUUGCUCCUUUUCAGCCUUGACUGAAUUUCCUUUCCCUCUUCUUCUCUAAUGAUUGCAAGGGAUGCACCCUUUUCUAGUAAUCUAUUAAUAAACACAUUUGAACCUUUUUUUUAACCAGUGUUGAGAAUUUUAACACCUGUCCACUACACUCUAAACAAAACCAGAUACUAAAUCACCUUCACCUCCCCCCUUUCCUUAUCACCUUUUGUGUUUCUUCUAAAUCAUCCAGAAUUUAGCUCAUUAUUCAUUUUUUAUAUUAUGUAUCUUUUUCUUCUGAAUAAUGUCUUGACAACACAUUUUAUCCACAACCCCACUGGUGGUGGUUUAAUCGCUAAGUCAUG